AUGGGCAGGAAUCGAAAAAAGGGUCAGGAAAAGGGGAAAAAAAAGAAAAGGAAAUCGGAUCGAGACUGUCUCCCACAGAACGCUGCAGGCAAUUUCACUUACAAUGUGGAGAUGAUGGAGAUCCUCAAGGAGGAGCUGGCUGGCCUUCUCUCCGAAGAGUUAGACGAAUUCGACAGGUAUCGAAGUUGCAAUUUCAUCACAACGGCGAAGAGGCUGUUGGCUGUCCAUUCACAGCCCUUUAAUGUCAGGAACUUCUACUCACAGCGGGAAGUGCGGGAUGAAAUCCAGGUUUCUGUUACCUCAGGAGCACCGUUUCUCUACAAAGAAUGA